UCCGGCACCGGUCUUUGUACGAAGGCAUCUAUUAAGUUUGUAUUGCGAGACAACGUGCAACCAGUUUUUAAACACAAGCGGCCGGUGGCAUAUGCGAUGGAGGAUACCGUGAAUCAGGAAUUGGAUCGGCUUGAGAGACUGAACGUUAUUACGCCGGUUACUUCAUCAGAAUGGGCUGCCCCAGUGGUUGUGGUACGCAAAGCAAAUGGCCUUGUCCGGAUUUGUGGAGAUUAUUCCACCGGACUUAAUGCAGCUUUACAACCUUAUGAUUAUCCGCUACCUCUUCCUGAGGAUAUUUUUGCACGGUUGGCAAACUGCAAGAUUUUCACCAAAAUAGACCUGACGGAUGCGUUUUUGCAAGUGGAAAUAGAGCCAAAGUAUAGAGCCUUGCUCACCAUCAACACGCAUAGAGGUCUAUAUACGUAUAAUCGUCUACCACCCGGAAUUAAAGUGGCCCCCACAGCAUUUCAACAGCUGAUGGAUGUAAUGUUGGCUGGCAUAAAAGGUGUAUCCGUAUAUUUGGACGACAUCAUUAUCGGUGGGCAAACCGAAGCGGAACAUGACGCAACCGUAGUAGAAGUCCUUAAGCGAAUUGAGGAAUACGGUUUUACUUUGCGUACUGAAAAGUGUUCCUUCAGAGUCCAGCAGAUAAAAUAUUUAGGCCACAUCAUCGACAGUCGCGGAUUACGUCUCGAUCCGGAGAAGAUUGAAGCAAUUUUGAAGCUUCCCGAGCCAAUAGACCAAUCCGAAGUCAGAUCAUUCCUAGGCGCCAUCAAUUAUUAUGGACGUUUUGUUCCCAGAAUGCGCGAUCUACGAUAUCUGUUCGACACCAACACACUCAACACACGAGACACAGGGCGCGAGAGUGUGUGUGAAGGCUUUAGAAACCACACCUACUGCAUAGUCACACCACCGACGCGCACGAACAAUCCCGAACGCAGGAUGAACCCCGACCCGAACGCAGGAUGAACCCUGACCCGAACGCAGGAUGAACCCUGACCGAUGAUUAGUACGCAAAGUAAUCAUCG